AUGAACCGGCAAACUUAUAGCACGAGAGCGGGAGGCGGAGGCCGAUCUUACAGUGCUGCCUCAGCGAUCGUCCCGAGCGGCACCAGGGCUGGCUUUAGCUCCAUGUCUGUGUCACGGUCCGGAGGAGGUGGAGGUGGUUUUGGAAGGCUCAUCGGAGGAGGUGGCGGUGGCGGUUUUGGCAGCAGGAGCCUCUACAACCUUGGUGGUAGCAAGAGGAUCUCCAUUGGUGUUGGAAGCAGCUUCCGAGCUGCUUUUGGGAGUGGAGCUGGUGGUGGCUCUGGCCUGGGAGGUGGCGGUGGUGGCGGCGGUGGAUAUGGUGGUGGCGGAGGUGGAUUUAGCGUUGGCACAAUCCAAGAAGUGACCGUCAACCAGAGUCUCCUGGCGCCGCUGAACCUGGAGAUAGAUCCAAACAUCCAUCAGGUGCGAAAAGACGAGAAGGAGCAAAUCAAGACCCUCAACAACAAGUUUGCUUCUUUCAUUGACAAGGUUCGCUUCCUGGAGCAGCAGAACAAGGUGCUUGAGACCAAAUGGACCCUCCUGCAGGACCAGGGUCAAAAAAACAACUCGGGCAAAAACAACCUGGACCCGCUCUUUGAGGCUUACAUCAACAGCUUGAAACGGCAGCUGGCCAACCUGCUCAAUGAGAGAGGACGCAUGGAUGGGGAGCUGAAGAACAUGCAAGACCUCGUGGAGGAUUUCAAGAACAAAUACGAAGAGGAAAUCAACCGACGCACGGCAGCAGAGAAUGAAUUUGUGGUGCUGAAGAAGGACGUGGAUGCUGCUUACAUGAAUAAGGUGGAGCUGGAGGCCAAGGUGGAUGCCCUGACUGAUGAACUCAGUUUCCUACGAGCCCUCUACGAUGCGGAGCUGGCUCAGCUCAGUGCACAAGUGUCCGACACCGCCGUCAUCCUGUCGAUGGACAACAACCGGGACCUGGACCUCAGCAGCAUCAUAGCUGAAGUCAAAGCUCAGUACGAAGACAUUGCCAACAAGAGCCGGGCCGAGGCAGAGGCUUGGUACCAAACCAAGUUCGAGGAGCUGCAGGCCACGGCAGGGAAGCACGGGGAUGACCUGCGCAACACAAAGGGGGAAAUCUCUGAGCUCAACCGCCUGAUCCAGAGGAUCCGGUCAGAGAUAGAGAACACGAGGAACCAGUGUGCCACCCUGCAGACGGCCAUCGGAGACUCUGAGGAGCGUGGGGAGCUGGCCCUCAAAGAUGCCAAGGCGAAGAUAAUCGACCUUGAAGAUGCCCUGCAGAAAGCCAAGGCUGACAUGGCCCGGCAGCUCCGCGAGUACCAGGAACUGAUGAACGUCAAGCUGGCCCUGGACAUCGAGAUUGCGACCUACAGGAAGCUGCUGGAGGGCGAGGAGAGCAGGCUGAGUGGAGAGGGACUCAACCCCAUCAGCUACUCUGUCAUCAGCUCCAGCUCUGGCAUGGCUGGUGGAGCUGGGUUAGGAGGAGGAUUCGGUGGACUGAGCCUAAGCGGAGGAGGAGGAGGUGGUUUCGGUCUCGGAGGAGGCGGUGGAAGCAGUUACGGUCUCGGAGGAGGCGGUGGAAGUGGUUAUGGUCUUGGAGGAGGCGGCGGCGGUGGAGGCUACAGCUUUGGAAGCGGAGGAGGACUUGGACUUGGUGGUGGCGGUGGUCUUGGAGGUGGAAUUGGAGGAGGCAGUGGCCUCAGCAUUGCAAGUGGUCUUGGCGGAGGUGGCAGCAGCAGCCUGAGCACCAGCGGAGGGAAUUUCAGCUCUGGAAGUGCAAAAGGCACCAACCCAGGUGUGAAAAUCGUCUCCAAAACCUCCUCCAGCAAAAAGAGCAUAAAAAGCCAAAGCCUGAAGAAUGCUACACAGCCUGAGUAA